CAGGGACGUCCCCUGACUCACUCUCGACCAAUCAGCAUUAAGAGUCUGGACCUAAAGGUGUGUCCAAGAAAUAUGGGAAGAAUAUCAGGAAGCUACAACAUGUACACAACUCACAUUGAAGUUUGACUGAAAUUAACUACAGCAAAAAGCUCCAUCUCCAGUGGCCAUGGAUAAACCAGUAUGCUUGAUUGACACGGCGUCCGACGGGAAGCUGUUUGUCCAGCAGUCAGCGUUGCAGGUUCUGGAGCAGAUCCAGCAGCCAGUGGUGGUGGUGGCCGUGGUGGGUCUCUACCGCACCGGGAAGUCCUACCUGAUGAAUCGACUGGCAGGGAAACAAACAGGGUUUGCACUGGGCAGCACAAUUGAGUCCAAGACGAAGGGCAUCUGGAUGUGGUGUGUACCUCACCCCACUAAAACAGGAACCACUCUGGUGCUGCUGGACACCGAGGGACUUGGGGACGUGGACAAGGGGGACUCAAAGCAUGAUACCAAGAUCUUUUCACUGUCUGUCCUUCUGAGUAGCACUCUAGUGCUGAACAGCCAAGGGACGAUCGACAACAGAGCUAUUGAGGAACUGCAAUAUGUCACAGAGUUAACCGAGUACAUCAAGAUCAAAUCAUCUGAUGAGGAUGAAGAGGACUCAGAGUUUGUUAAGUUCUUCCCCAGUUUCAUCUGGGCAGUGAGGGACUUCACUCUAGAACAAAAAAUAAAUGGCAAAUACGUGACCGAGGACCAAUACUUGGAAUUUGCCUUAAAGCUGAAACCAGGCUCUUCAAGAACAGUCAACGAGUUCAACCUUCCACGGCAAUGUAUCCGAAAUUAUUUCCCAUCCCGGAAGUGUUUUACUUUUCCUUUCCCAACCGCCCCAGAGAAUGUGUCUCGUCUGGAAAGUCUGGAUCCUUCUGACCUUUCCCCAGAUUUCCAGGAGGUCACAGAACGUUUCUGCAAGUUUGUCUGUGACAAGAGCGAAGUAAAGAAGCUAAAGGAUGGAUACACAGUCACUGGCAGAGUCCUGGGUCACUUUGCGAAGACAUAUGUAGACACGAUUGCCAGCGGUAAAGUUCCAUUUCUGGAGAAUGCUGUGAUCGCCUUGGCAAUGAUUGAGAAUGAGGCUGCGGUGAAGGAGGGGCUUGAGGUGUACCAGAGUGGAAUGGAGAAGCUGAAGAACUCCUUCCCUCUGGAACUGAAGGACGUAUCAUCAGAACAUCAGUGUCUCAGCAGGACUGCAACAGAGGUCUUAAUGAAGCGUUCCUUUAAGGACAGCGAGGGGACAUACCUGAAAUCUCUAGAGGAAGGCAUUAACAAACUCUUUGAUGGAUACUUAUGUCAAAAUGAGGAGGCUUCAAAGAAAAGAUGUGAGAAUAUUCUGUCAUCCCUCUCUGAAACAAUGACAGAGAAGCUCAAGAAGGGAUUCUAUGCCAAACCUGGUGGUUAUGAUCUCUUCUCCCAGGACCUUGAAGAUAUUGUGAAGAAAUAUAAAAUCCAAGCCAAUAAAGGAGUCAAGGCAGAAGACACACUUGAAGAGUUUCUGAAGCAGAAGUCGGUGGAGUCUAAUGCAAUUCUGCAGACUGACAAUAAACUGACGGAGAAGGAGAAAAAAAUAAUGGAGGAAAGAGAGAAGGCCAUUCUCCUGGCUCAAGAAAUAAAUACCAAGGAAGAGAAGCAGCGACAACUAGAAGAGAAGAUGGAAGCAGAGAGAAGGGGUAAUGAAGAGACGAUGAUACAGAUGAAGAAAAAGAUGGAUGAGGAGAUGAGGCAUCAGAGAGAAGAGGCCCAACGUGCCACAGACAGCAAACUAAGGGAACAGGCUGCUUUGUUGGAGAAGGGCUUUCAGGAGAAGGCUGACAGGAUGUCAAAAGAGAUUGAGGACUUCAGGAGGAAGAAUAAAAAUGCAGAGAAGGAAAAUGACAAACUGUUUAAAAAGAUGAUAACAAACAUGAACAAAAGACACACUGAGACCAUGAAUCUGAUGAAGAGGCAACACAGUGAGCAGAUGGAGUUAAUUAGGAGCAUGCCAAAGCCUUCGUCUGAUUAUUUCCCCGGUCUAGUCUUACGUCUGCUAGUUGCUGGUAUCAGCAGCCUAACCGGUUGCCCUGUUAAAGCACCCAUCUAGCCUUGUUGAAGCUAGCUGUCUGGCAGACACUUUCAGCCACAGAAAUGUACAUGUUAAAUUAAUGUACUAGUGAUGGAGGCUGCCAAUCAGAGUUCCAUAUCCCCAUCGUCGGGAGCAAGUGGACUUCAGUGUCUUCCCCAAGGUUCCUUCAGCACAUGGACUAGAGAAACCAUGAUUCUGAACCUUUUGAUUCCAGGGGUGCUUCUUAUUUUUUAAAUUGUGCAUCCUAAUUUCCUUUCCUUUCUUCUUUCCUUGUGUCCUAACUAGGACAUAAGAAAAGAAUACAAGGAAAGAAAAUCUUGCCUCAUAAUGCUGUUAUUAGACAACUGAUAUAUUCUUCAUCAUAACAGAGUUUGUGUGGUGUAUGGGUAACAGGCUUCAAUACGGUGAAGCAAGGAAAUGAGGAAGCAUCAGAAGGACCUCAAGUCUAUUUGUUUACCCCAUGUCUCCAUUCAAACCCUUCCAAUCAGCUAAUGGACGGCCACCAAUUUUUCAAAUGGAAAGUUUUGUAGUCCUGUAAUUACUAAUUAGUCCUGUUUACUUUUUGAUCAAAAUAUUUACUUUUCUGUUUUAUAAAGCCACAUGGCAGUGAUUUUAUCUUCAGUGUGUCGAGACAUUUUACACAAAAUAAAAAUUUCAAUUACAGAAGGUUUAAGUAAGUUUUUUUUUUCAAGGAAAGUUAACAAGUUACAGAAUUGUCAUUGCUACAGAAAAAUCUAUUAAAUUUGGUCAUCGAUUGAAAGGGGUGGUUUAUUUUUUUUCCUAAUCUGAUCAAGAUCGCAUGUAAACACCUGAUCAGAUUAAAAACCUAAACUAAAAGGACUGCGCAUGUGCAUUGCCAUAGAAAUAGUGUAAUGGCGUAUGAUGCACAGAAUGAGCUGUUCUUACCGUUGAAUAAAGUGU